CCUCCGUCCCCGAUGGAGACUGAACCGUUUUAAAAAAGAAUGACUUUCUCUGACCGGGUUAAUGCCAGCUUAAAUGGGAACCACACCGGGGAAGCCGGCGGCGGGAUUAACGACUCCUGGAACACAGACGAUGCCUUCUCCAACGGCAGCGCCUCCUCCGUAACUCAGGGACUCAGCCUGCAGUCGGUGGGCGUGGGGGUCUUCCUGGCCAUCUUCAUCCUCUUGGCUAUCGUGGGCAACAUCUUGGUCAUCCUCUCGGUGGCCUGCAACCGGCACCUGCGGACGGUCACCAACUACUUCAUCAUCAACUUGGCCAUCGCGGAUCUGCUACUCAGCACCACCGUCCUGCCCUUCUCGGCCACGUUGGAGGUGUUGGAUCUCUGGGUCUUCGGCCGCAUCUUCUGCGACAUUUGGGCUGCCGUGGACGUCCUCUGUUGCACGGCUUCCAUCAUGAGCUUGUGCAUCAUCUCGGUGGACCGCUACAUCGGGGUCAAGUACUCCCUCAAGUACCCCACCAUCAUGACGGAGAAGAAGGCCGUGGUUAUCUUGGGGGUGGUCUGGCUCUCCUCCAUGGUCAUCUCCAUCGGGCCCCUCUUGGGGUGGAAGGAAGAGCCGCCCGAAAGCGACCAGUACUGCACCAUCACGGAAGAGCCCGGCUACGCCCUCUUCUCGUCCCUCUUCUCCUUCUACUUGCCCCUCUUGGUCAUCCUGGUGAUGUACUUCAACAUCUACGUGGUGGCCAGGAGGACCACCAAGAGCCUGGAAGCCGGGGUCAAGAAAGAACGGAACAAAUCCAUGGAAGUGGUCCUCAGGAUCCACUGCCGGAAUGUCCUGGAGGACUCCUUGGCUAGCACCAAGAGACAUACCUUCAGGAGUUCGCUCUCCGUCCGCCUUUUGAAGUUCUCCAGGGAAAAGAAGGCAGCCAAGACGUUGGCCAUCGUGGUUGGGGUCUUCAUUCUCUGCUGGCUGCCGUUCUUCUUCGUCCUGUCGUUUGGUUCCUUCUUCCCUUCCCUGAAGCCCUCAGGAAUGGCCUUCAAGAUCAUCUUCUGGCUGGGCUACUUCAACAGCUGCGUGAACCCCAUCAUCUACCCUUGCUCCAGCAAAGAGUUCAAACGAGCUUUCAUCCGUCUGCUGAAGUGCCAGUGUCGUCGUCGGAGGCCCAUCUGGAGAGUUUAUGAGAACCCUUGGCGAGGGGCCUCCAUCAACGGCUCCAGGCGAGACUCGGAGAGGGAGCCCCAUUCCCGGAUCUCCACCCUCAACAGCAGCUCCUUCAUAUUGAACUCCCGCAGCUUGGAACAGUCGAGCAGGAGAAGGACUCCGAAUUUCAAGAGGUGGAGGAUAUUUUCUCCCUUCCACCAGCCCAGCAUCCAGCUGAAGCAGAAGAUGAACAGCCUCUCGCACAAGAUGCGUGGGAGCUCCCUCCGGGGCGGCAUGGCGGCCUCCUUCAAAACAGAGGUGGAGUCGGUUUCCAUCGGCAUCCCCAGUGACUUCUUGGAAUGCAUCGACUACCAAAUGUACGAUGACCUGACGGACUCUGAAUCUUGCGGGCUGAAGGAAACGGAUAUUUGA